CUUCUGUCUAUAUCACAACACAGCUUGCCAAUAACAUAACCACAGUAUAGCCACAGUAUAUUGUGCCAUGGCUAAGAAAACAACUACAUAUUUGUUUCUAUUCAGUUUUGAACGCUGAAUUUUGCGUCUAAACAUAUUAUUACGCUUGUUUUUAAUCAAAAAACUCAUGUGUGAUGGUAAAAUUAAAAGUUAAUUAAAAGGACUGAGACAGAAUGUUAAUAUCGAUUUUUACUUGGUGUUCGUUAGUGAUCAGUGUUGUGGUGGGACAACUGGUAUCGCCCUGUCCAGAAACCUUCACGUACGAGUCCAGGGACAAGGACCAGCCGGACAGAUGGUACGGAGUGGUUCUCUUAAAGUCCCAGGAAGACUUGGAAGGCAUAUGGUUGAGGAUAAUUUUGGACAGAAGUGCAGAACUAUUAGGGAAUUGGUUUGGAGAUACAUCCUCAACGGAUAACAAAGAAUAUACUAUCAGGAACCCCUCGUAUAGAUUAGAGGCAGGUCCACCCGUAGCUGUAAGGUUUUUUGUAAAAUAUAACGCAGCCUCCAUAGUACCUACAGUGUCAAAAAUACUGUUAAAUGGUAAGACUCUGUGUCCCACUACAAAAAGAGUGGAACCUCAAUUACAUAUAAGUGUAAAAAAUGAUCCAGAAGGUACUCAAACGCUUUCAGUGUCUCCAAAUAAUCCAGGUGUAAUAAGAAGACCUCCACCGUCAAAUAGAGAAACCACAAAGAGGCCGUCUAAUAGUGGCUUAGCCUUAGGGAAUCCCCUAAAUGAAGAUGAAGACGAUGACUAUGCGUUUUUUGGGGGUGAUUUCGCUAUUGGUACAUCUAAUAAAACUGCUUCUAGGCCACUCAGUGUUCCCAGUCAGGAUAUUUCGUGCGGAACAGUAGCAACGCAGGCGAGUCCGCUGAUUACUUUUGGUCAAAGCACUAUCCCAGGACAGUGGCCUUGGCAUGUGGCACUCUACUAUUCCAAGGGUCUGGAGUUAGUCUACACGUGUGGAGGAACCCUUAUAUCAGAGAACUUUGUUUUGACAGCUGCUCAUUGUAUUACCAGACCACGUACGAAUCAACCUGUCAAUCAGCGAAACAUACUGGUCUACCUGGGAAAAUACAGUUUGCUAAGUUUUGGUCCUGAAGUGCAAGACAGGAAAGUGGACCAAAUUAUUAUUCAUCCAAGAUACAAUGCUACAUUAUUCUAUAACGAUCUGGCACUUCUAAAAUUGGACAGGCCAGCAGAAAUAACGAAUUAUGUUAGGAAAUGUUGUUUAUGGGAGGAGGACGACAAUCUCCAAAAUCUGAUCGGAAAACUAGGCACUGUAGUUGGCUGGGGUUUUGACGAAAACAGAAAACUCACAACCAACUUGAUGCAAACGAAAAUGCCCGUCGUCUCUUCAGACACUUGCAUUUUUUCAAAUAGGAACUUUUUCUCGCAAUUCAUAUUCGAUAAAAACUAUUGUGCAGGAUUCAGAAACGGAACAUCUGUAUGUAAUGGAGACUCUGGCGGAGGUAUGGUGUUCCCAAAAGCCGGGACAAGUGGAGCAGAUACUGUAUGGCAGUUGAGGGGCAUAGUUUCUGUUAGUGUGGCCUUACAAGGAGAGGGCACUUGUGAUCCUUCACAUUUCAUGGUUUUUACGGAUGCUUCUAAACACUUAAGCUGGAUUAAACAAAAAAUAAAUUAUUGACAAAUUUGACUCAUUAUUUGUUCCAAGAAAGCUGAAUUGUGAUACCUAUACUAUGUAUAAAGGAUUUUUUUAAGGUC